AAAUUUGCAGCUCAAAUCGAAAGCAGCUUGGCUAAAAACAGAACGUGAGCGAAACAAAAUGAAGCUAUUUAGCAUUGUUUUGGUUAUUUUUGCGGUGGCACUGGCGCUGUCUAGCGUCGAGGCACGCGGCAGCGGCAGUGGCAUGCCCCGCGGCUUUGAGCCGUUGAACAAUCUAUCGAGGGCUCGGCGCCAUGCCCACGACGAUGAACACGGCGAGCAGCCACCACCGCCACCGCAAUUUAGAUCUCGUCGUGCGGCCGACAAUGAACCACCACAUGAAAUAAUGCAAGGCGAUGCACCACCCCCACCACCACAGCAUUUCAGGCAACGUCGCCAGGCACCACCAAUACCACCACCUCCCGAGGGCAUGCCAGCACCACCAGGAGUACCCUUUUGAGUAAUUACGCCCACACAUGAAACAUGAUCAUAUAGUAAAUGCGCAGCAGUAAAAAAAAGGGAACCACUUAAACCAGACAAUGGCUAAUAAAAAAAAAACUUUUCUAUAAGGCAUUCCAAAAACGCAA